AUGGCGCCACCUGGACGACGGAAGCUUUCGAAUCUCAGCCUUGUCGCACUCUCUCUCCUCCUGUUCCUCUCUACGACCGCCCAUGCCGCUUCUGCAGUCCUGGGUAUAGAUCUGGGCACCGAGUAUCUGAAGGGCGCCAUCGCUAAACCAGGGUCUCCCAUCGAAAUCGUCCUAUCCAAGGACUCCAAGAGAAGGGAAGCAGCGACACUCGCAUUCAAGCCCUCCAGAGCGCAGGCGAAGGAUGACGAUGCCUUCCCCGAACGCCUGUAUGGAGGAGACGCCGUGGCGCUCUCCUCGAGAUUUCCGAGCGAUGUCUAUCCCAACCUGAAGAGUUUGCUGGGCCUCGAAUACUCUGGCGACGCGGUGAAGACGUACGCCGCUCGAUAUCCAGGGUUAAACCUUGAGCUUGUUCCAAGAGGCAAUGGGACGGACAAGGAUGCAGGAACAGUGGGCUUCAAGAGUCAGAGCUUUGGAACCAAGAAAAACGAAAUAUUCAUGGUGGAAGAACUCCUAGCAAUGCAGUUGAAGAACGUCAAGAGCAAUGCAGAAGCCAUGGUCGCAAAGGGCGUGUAUGUCACUGAUGUGGUCAUCACAUAUCCUGCAUUUUAUACUGCUGAGGAGAAGCGAGCCAUUCAAUUGGCUGCAGACCUGGCGGGACUGAGAGUUCUCGGUCUCGUCAGCGACGGACUCGCUGUUGGACUCAACUAUGCAACGCAUCGAACGUUCGAUAGCGUGACAGACGGGGGUAAGCCAGAAUACCAUCUUGUCUAUGAUAUGGGCGCUGGAUCGACAACGGCAACGGUGCUCAAGUUCCAAGGCAGGACUAUCAAAGGACCAGGCAAGCGCAAUUCCACCGUCCAAGAAGUCAUCGCUCUUGGUGUGGGAUUCGAUGCGUUGCUGGGUGGAGAUUCUUUAAACGACGUGGUUGUCGAAGACAUCAUCUCCCAAUUCCUUGAAUCUCCAGGUGCGAAGAAGCUGGCAUUGGAACGUGAGCAGGUUCGGUCUCACGGGAAAUCAAUGGCAAGAAUUUGGAAAGAGGCUGAACGAAUCCGGCAGCUUCUCAGUGCUAAUGCGCUUUCAACCGCGACCCUCGAAGGACUUUAUGACGAUGAUAUCACCUUCAAGUACAGCCUUACCCGGGAUAAGUUUGAAGAGCUCGCCGCAGAUCAUGCUUCGCGAGUAGGCUCGCCAGUCGAUGCUGCUCUCCAGUCGGCCGGGCUGCAAUUGUAUGAACUCGACUCGAUCAUUCUACACGGAGGCGCAGUGAGAACCCCAUUCGUGCAGAGGCAGCUCGAAAAGGUGGCUGGGGGUUCAUCCAAGCUCAAGACCAACGUCAACGCCGACGAAGCUGCGGUGAUGGGAGCAGCCUUCAAAGCUGCAUCUCUAAGCCCUAGCUUUAGGGUCAAAGACAUCCGCGGCGUAGACAUCUCAGGUUUCUCUUUUACCUUGAGGUGGAGUGCCGAGAACAAGGAAAGGACGCAGAAACUGUUCCACCCGUCCUCCCAAGCUGGGGUUGAGAAGCAAGUCCCUAUCAAGACGCUAGAAGAUGUUACCUUAGGAUUCACCCAGGCAGUCAAGGAGCUAGAAGUUCCUGUAACGGAGAUUCGAGCUUCAAACUUGACGAAAUCAGUGGGCGAGCUGAAGGAAAAGCACGGCUGUGCGGCGGCGAACAUAAGCACGGUUUUCACCAUGCGGCUAAGCCACGUGGAUGGAUUGCCAGAAGUUGUUUCGGGAUCUGUUAGCUGCGAGACCGAGAGUAUCAAAGGUGGGACAGUCAUUGACAACGUCAAAGGGUUGUUUGGCUUCGGCUCGAAGAAGGACAGCGAUCAGAAGGUCGUCGCAGAUGAAGAUGCGAAUGAUGAGGCCCCAAAAUCUCAAACUCCGUUGCCUGUGUCUGAUUCAACAAGUUCUGGAUCGACCAUGUCGUCCGCUUCGCCCUCACCUCCGGAGUCGCCCGCUUCCUCCUCUUCCUCCUCGACGACUAAAUCUGCCAAAACGACCAAAGCCACGCCAACAACCGUUUCAAUCCCGCUUGCCUUGCAAUCCACUGUCGUCGGGCUCAAUGCUCCACCGGUUCAGAUUCUGCCUCGAGUCCGACAACGUCUAGCUCAGUUUGAUAUGUCAGACCGGAAUGCCGCUCUCCGAGCUGAGGCUUUGAACACUCUCGAGGCUUUCACUUACCGAGCGAGGGACUACCUAGGGGACGAGAAUUUCAUAGCUGCCUCGAGUGAGUCUAUUCGGACAGAACUGGAAAAACAGCUGUCGAGCAUCUCCGAGUGGCUGUAUAGUGACGGCCUAGACGCCAAACUCCAAGACUUCAAGGACAACCUGAAGCGCCUCCAUGGUCUGGUUGAUCCUGUACUAAAGCGUCAAGAUGAAGCUAUCACACGGCCUGAUGCUGUCAAGGCCUUGAAAGAGGGACUGGAGAACCUGAACGGCAUGAUCACAAUGGUGGAAGGAAGCAUCAAGAAGGCAGCAGAGGAUGCGGCCUCGAGUGCAAGCGAAGCUGCGGAGUCUGCAGCCUCGGGCGCCUCCACGAGCUCGUCUACAGUGAAUGGGGAUGAUCUCGACGAGGAUCCCUAUAGCAGCACGUCAGCAGGCGAAGCGACGCAAACGGACGAACCGCCCCCGAUCAAACCGUAUGAGUACACGAAUGAAGACCUUGCAGCUCUUACGACCAAAUAUGAUGAAGUGAAGAAAUGGCUCGACGAGAAACUUGUUCUGCAAGACAAACUGGGGCCACACGAAGAGCCGGCUUUCCUGGUUGCCGAAUUGCAGACUAAGGGGCAGGAACUACAGAAGCUGGUUUCAGAUACUAUUAUGAAAACAAUCAAAAUGCAAGAAAUCCCGAAAAAGGGAAAGACAGGGAGUGGAAAGAAAGGAACAGGGAAGGGAGAGGGCAAGAAGACCAAGUCUUCCAGCUCGAGUGGCAGCGAGACUUCCAAGGCCACUUCUUCAUCGACCUCAUCUUCAACACCGACCGCCACGGCGACGAAGAGCAUCAAGGAUGAGUUGUAG